UCGAUAUGCUUAAGUUCCGGUGUAAAGAAAUUUAUUAGGUUGUGGUUUGAUGGGAAAACAGAACAGCGUGUAGGAGUGCUUAAACUUUAAACACUUCGGUUAUUCGAUCUUAAAACCAAAGUAAUUUCAUCAUUUAAACACUACAAUUCACUAUCCGUAAAAUGAAAACGUUCAUUGACUGCCACUGCCAUAUUGCCGACCAGGAUUUUGAUCAUGACAUUGAUGAUGUGAUAGACCAAGCGAAAAAGGCUGGGGUUUUGGCCAUUUUAGCUGUUUCAGAAUGUGCUGAUGAAUUUGAGAAGAUCAUGGAACUUUCAUACAGGUACAGGAGGUUUGUCUUGCCCUGUUUAGGCAUUCAUCCAGUACAAGGUCCCCCUUCAGAGCAGCGGAGUGUUACAUUUCAGGAUUUAGAAACUGCAGUUCCACUGAUAGAGAAGUACAAAGAUCAACUUCUGGCAAUUGGCGAGGUUGGACUGGAUUUCUCUCCUCGAAUUGCCAGCACAGAUUCACAGAAAGAUGAGCAAAGACAGGUGCUAAUUCAGCAAAUUGUGUUGGCAAAGAGGUUCAACUUGCCAUUAAAUGUACACUCCCGUUCAGCUGGAAGGCCAACUAUUAACCUCCUAAAAGAGCAAGGUGCUGAAAAAGUUCUGCUGCAUGCCUUUGAUGGCAAACCAUCUGUGGCCAUGGAAGGAGCAAAAGCUGGAUAUUUUUUCUCAAUUCCUCCUUCAAUUAUCAGAAGUGAACAGAAGCAGAAGCUGGUGAAGCAGUUGCCUCUGGAUUGUAUCUGUCUAGAAACGGACUCUCCUGCUCUGGGCCCAGAGAAGCAGGUUAGAAAUGAACCAAAAAACAUCAUUAUUUCUGCUGAAUAUAUUGCAAACAUUAAAGGAGUUUCUGUGGAGAAAGUUAUGGAAAUCACAACACAGAAUGCAAUGAAGCUGUUCCCCAAACUACGUAUGUGCCUCCAAAUAUAGCAGGAAAAAGUCAUCUAUAUUCCUUUGCUUCCUAUGAUUUACAUCUUGAACUGACCUGCUGAACAUCAUCAGACUGUACAUAUUUUUAAUACAAAUGAUAUGAUCAGUUUUCUGACAAAAUAAUGUCCUAACAGACUGAAUGAGUGUCUGCAGCUGAAACAACAUGGUCCUGUACUAAUGACAAUAAACUGGAAAUUUGCUAAGAAUUUUAAAAUGCCAAA